AUGGAGGAGAAAAAAGGCAACUCUGCUCCGACAGAGCCCAUCCACGAGACCACUCCUCAGGUUCACCUGGCUGCCGGUGUGCAGCGCGCCAGAUUCCGUGGCCAUUGGUGGCAACUAUGGCUACCGAAAGAUCCCCCAUCCCCGGCUCCCUUGUCUUUCGACGAAGCAAAAUUCAUUCCACUCGCGAACGCGUCUCUUCUUUCCCAAUUGACCUACGCAUGGAUUACCGACAUCAUGGUCCUUGGCUAUCAGCGGACACUUCAAGCGACAGAUCUUUGGAAACUUGAUGAGUCUCGACAAGUUCACGGUCUGUCCGAAAAGCUCGACCAGGCAUGGUUCCGACGUAUGCAGGAAGCUAAUGAGUGGAACGCGCGCCUGGCGACUGGGGAAAUCAAUGCGAGUUUAUUGAAGCGUUCGCUUUGGAAUGCGCGCGCGCUGGCGAGCGGACGGGGGAGGCAGAAGCGCCGCGCGAGUCUGGAGGCGGGUUGGAGAGAGAGUGCUGGUAGGAAGGAGGCGAGCCUGGCAUGGGCGCUGAAUGAUACUUUCGGGUGGUCAUUCUGGGUUGGCGGGCUGUUUAAGGUGACGGGUGAUGUUAUGCAGUUGAUGGGCCCUUUACUUGUCAAAGCGAUCAUUAACUUUGGAAAAGAAGCCCUUGCUGCGAAGGAUGCUGGCGAGAAGCCGCCCAACAUUGGACGAGGGGUCGGGAUGGCGCUCGGCCUGUUCUUCCUUACAGCUCUUACGAGCGUCUGUCAGCACCAGUUCUUCUGGCGCUCGAUGACAACCGGUGUCCUAGCCCGUGGCGCACUGACAUCGUCUAUUUACAAGCGCGGUGUGCUCUUUACGCCAAAAUCGCGGACACAGUUCUCUAAUGCUGAGAUCGUCAAUCAUAUAUCGUCCGAUCUCGGCCCCUCCGCCUUAGCAGGCUUCUCCCUUUUCUUGUUUAUAGCUCCCCUUCAGCAACGUGUCAUGGCGAUGCAAUUCAGGAUUCGAAAGGAGUCGAUGAAGUGGACGGACCGCAGGGCCCGAUUACUUCUCGAAGUUCUGGGCGCCAUGCGCGUGGUAAAGUACUUCACGUACGAGACGCCAUUCUUACAGCGUAUUUUUGACACGCGAAAGAAUGAGCUGAAGGGCGUGCGUAAGAUCCAGUUCGCUCGCUCUGCGAACAUCGCGUUCGCCUACUCCAUUCCUGUGCUCGCGGCCAGCUUGUCAUUCAUUACUUACACGCUCACUAACAAUUCCUUUGACCCCGCUGUCAUAUUCUCGUCCUUCAGUCUCUUUCAGCUCCUCCGCCAACCUAUGAUGUUCCUGCCACGGGCGCUCUCUGCCAUUACAGACGCCAAUAACGCGCUCGUUCGCGUUGCGCAUCUCUUUCACGCCGAGACGAUACCCGAGGCUCCGAUCGCUGUGGACACUGACCAGGAACUCGGACUUCACGUUGAAAACGCGACCUUCGAGUGGGAGGAAGCUCGGGCUAUCGAAGAAGAUGCGAACGGCAAGGACGGCAAGGGACACGAUGGCAGUGAUUCCUCGACAGAGACACUACCUGUCCAGAGGAGGCCGUUCCAGGUACGAAGUGUCUCAAUGGAUGUCCCUAGGGGCGCCCUUAUUGCAGUCGUGGGCCCUGUUGGCAGCGGCAAGUCGAGUUUGCUGCAAGGCUUGAUCGGGGAGAUGAGGGCUGUCAGCGGGAAGGUCUCGUUUGGUGGUCGAGUCGGUUAUUGUCCGCAGACCGCCUGGGUCCAGAAUGCUACUCUUCGAGACAACAUUCUGUUUGGACAGCCAUUCGAUGAGGAUAAAUAUUGGAAAGUACUCGAGCACUCAUGCUUGUUACCAGAUCUCGAUGUACUUCCUGCCGGAGACAUGACUGAGAUCGGGGAAAAGGGUAUUAAUCUGAGCGGUGGCCAGAAGCAACGGGUAAAUAUUGCUCGUGCUCUGUAUUUCGACGCCGACAUCGUCCUUUUUGAUGAUCCUCUCUCGGCUGUUGAUGCACACGUCGGACGUUCACUUUUUAUAAACGCGAUUCUCGGCGCCUUACGAGGCCGCGGCAAGACGGUGAUCCUCGUCACGCACGCGCUACACUUCCUCCCGCAAUGUGAUUACAUAUAUGCGCUGAACGGUGGGUAUGUCGCGGAACAAGGGACGUACGAUGAGCUCGUCAGUCGUGGUGGCGAGUUCGCUCGGCUAGACAGGGAAUUUGGUGGCGGCGGGGAGACUGAUCAGCAAGAGGGUCAUGGCGGGAACGUGGACAGUAGCGUGGAUAUCGCCCAGUUGAAGAGGGAAUUGGCCGAAAAAGGCGAUGUAAAGAAUGGUAAAUUGGAAGGGAGACUCAUAGUUGCUGAGACGAGGGAGACGGGUUCUGUUCCUUGGCGAAUCAACUGGACCUAUCUCAUGGCGGGCAAUGGUCGCGUGACUGGCCCACUAAUCAUUCUUUUUAUGAUCCUCAUGCAAGGGAGCCAAAUCAUGAACUCAUAUACCUUAGUGUGGUGGCCAGCUAAUCAGUUUGAUCGUCCGUCUUCCUUCUACCAAAUACUUUACGCUGGUCUUGGUGUCUCGCAAACGCUUUUCACCCUUGCUCUGGGUCUUUCCAUGGACAUGCUAGCCUUCUUCGUCUCCCAGAACUUGCAUAGCGAUGCUCUGAACAAAAUAUUCUUCGCUCCAAUGUCAUUCUUUGAUACCAGACCUUUAGGUCGAAUCGUCAAUGUAUUUGGAAAAGACUUCGACUCAAUCGACAAUCAGCUCCCUGUAUCUAUGCGGCUAUUUGCAAUCACUCUCGCUAACGUGCUGGGCGCCAUCAUCAUUAUCACUAUCUUGGAGCACUAUUUCAUUAUUGCUGCCGCCGCCAUCUGCGUUGGCUAUGGCUAUUUUGCAGGAUUCUAUCGAGAAAGUGCACGGGAACUCAAGCGACUAGAUGCUAUGCUGCGUUCUCUUCUUUACGCUCACUUCUCGGAGUCCUUGACUGGGCUCUCGACCAUACGGAGCUAUGGCGAGUUGCCCCGGUUCAUACGUGAUAAUAAGUAUUAUAUCGACUUGGAAAAUCGUGCACUAUUCUUGACUGUGACGAACCAAAGAUGGCUUGCAAUUCGACUCGAUUUUCUCGGUGCUAUAGUGGUCUUUGUAGUUGCUCUCUUUGCUGUUGUCGGUGUCUCUGCAUUGAAUGCUGCCCAAAUUGGUCUCGUUCUGACCUACACCACGACGCUAACGCAACUUUGCAGCUUGCUCACGCGCCAAUCUGCUGAGGUCGAAAACUACAUGAGUGCCGUAGAGAGAGUGGUACAUUAUAGUGAAGACGAUGAAGUCCCCCGAGAAGCAGCUUAUGAAAAAACGGAUACCCAGGCACCGUCCACAUGGCCCUCGCUGGGGGCUGUUGAAUUCCAAAACGUAGUCAUGAGUUACAGACCAGGUUUGCCCAACGUCCUUCGCGGAGUCUCGCUGAAUGUCAAAGGCGGUGAGAAAAUCGGCGUGGUCGGCAGGACGGGAGCCGGAAAAUCAUCGUUGAUGAUGGCAUUAUUUCGCAUCGUUGAACUCAACUCAGGGUCGAUUAGUAUUGACGGAAUCGAUAUCUCGACUCUUGGGCUUAGACAGUUGCGUUCAAAAAUAUCCAUUAUUCCUCAGGAACCACUUCUAUUCAGUGGAACCGUCCGAUCCAAUCUAGACCCGUUCUCUCUGUAUGAUGAUGCACUCUUGUGGGAUGCGCUUCGCAGAUCAUAUUUGGUCACGUCGAGCAACUACAGCUCUGUAGAGAAUGUGUCAACAGGAGAAAGCACUCUCGCUUGUGUCAGUCGGAUUGACUUGGACACAGUGAUUGAGAGCGAGGGCGCCAAUCUCAGCGUUGGCGAACGGUCUCUUCUCAGCCUUGCUCGCGCUUUGGUGAAAGACAGUCAAGUAGUCGUGCUGGACGAGGCGACUGCGUCAGUGGACUUGGAAACUGAUAGCAAAAUCCAGAGAACAAUUCAGACGCAGUUCCACGAUCGCACGCUCCUGUGUAUAGCUCAUCGCUUGAGAACAAUCAUAUCUUAUGACCGCAUCUUGGUUCUCAACGAAGGACAGGUCGCGGAGUUUGACACGCCUAUCAACUUGUGGGCAAAGGAAGAUAGCAUCUUCCGUGGGAUGUGUGAUCGAAGUAAUAUCACGCUGGAAGAAAUAGAGAGGAGCGGUGAACUAUUUCUGGCAGACUUAGUAGUAUGAGCUCUUCCUCCGUCUCGAACCAAAAGGAGAAGGAUAUCCAGUAUAUUGCAUCGACUUCAGCCCACAAACUAUGAGCGCAACGGCGUUUUGAGCC